AUGUCCUGCCUCCCUGAGGUUAACCCCUGCCUGCUGUGCUUUGGGCCCCCUAUUCAGCGGGCACGGCUUUGCCGUGACAUUACUGGGGCCUUUGUUGAUGAGCUUAGACAUAAAAAAUGCAUGCAGGCCCUUGUUGAGGCUGCUAAACCGCUUGCCUCCGUCAGUGUAGCAUCAGGACAGCGUGAGGAACUUCGGGAGAUCGUCAUGGAUGCAAUGAAUUCUCUAGAGGAGCGAUGGGGCAAGAAGUCCCUGAACAAGUCUCUGCAGGAAGCUGUCAGCACGAUCUGGAGGAAGCUGAGCCAGCUGGGUAAAGUUCCAGCCUGUGUCCCUCCCUGUGGAUUCCAGCCAGCUGCCCGUGUCUUCCAGUGUGCUACCUGCCGCUUGGUGGACUGUCAGUUUGCCCUGGACUGCCCAGUGCAGGACCUGUGGACCUACACAGAUGAAACCAUCGUGCUGCGCUGCAAUGUGCCUUUCCACAUCCCCCGCAACCUGUCCGUCACCUGGAUGUUUGCCCCAAAUCUGCGCACACAGGACAUGGCACUGUUCAAGGAGCUGAAGGGGAAUCCAGAGAAGCCCUUCAGUCUGACCAUUGAGGAACCUGCUCCAGGAACCGUUGCCUGUCGCCUGGGGGAACAUUCCAAGCCCAUUAUCCGCAAGUUCUUCUACCUAAACGUGUCAGAGGGAAGCAUGGAGGAAGAAAAAGGACUCCAGACUGUGUUCACCAGUGUGCUGCACUGGAAUGACGAGACAUAUACCCCCAUACCAGCCCUGGGGCUGGCUUCCCUUGGGAUUCCCUGCAAGUACAAGGGGACCCAGGUGUCCAAGGGGCCAGCUGGCAGUGCCUCUAUGUCCGUCAGACGUGCCGCAGGCGUGGACAUCAUGGACAUCAGGGUACCCAAGAGGAUUCCAGACUCCUGGAUUCAGUUUAGGGCACUGUAG